AUGGGUUCCUCAUCAUCCAAAAUAGCAAGCAAAGCUGCUGGGGCCGCCAGCCGCCGGCAAUAUCCAUCCACAUCCUCACUGCUCAAUUCCACCACAUCAACCUCGCGUUCACCGCCCUCCCACAAUGCACAGUCACCUUUCGCCAAAAUUUCCGCUUCGUCUCAGGUCCAUCCAGAUCCUGCCACCAACCCUCCUUUAGAUCAAAAAUCAGAACACAUAGAUCUCGAUGGGCGUGAUCCUCAUUUCGGUUCUGCACUUCGAAAGAUUGGCGUCGCGAAACCUGUCUCGGAAACAAAACCACAUGAAGAUGCAUUUCCAACCUCAAGCCAACCUAUGAGCUCCGGCCAGAACAUCUUCCCUUCCAGCAUGAACAACCCCGCAAUGCUCCUUGUACAGGCACGGGAGAAGUUUGGAAAUCAGUUCGAGGCUGAAAUAGAUGGCAGAGGCCGAGCUGGAUUUCCCGGCAGGACACUGCUAAGUGCGAAAGAAAUAAAGGAAGUCUUUACAUUGAGAGAUGACGUAGCGAGAGCGCCACAACAAAUUGAGAAGGAAUUGAGACUUAAAACAGGCAUCCUCGACCAAUUGGCCCCGAAAGGCGUCGCCGCCAAUGCUUGA